UGCAGCUCCAGCAGCAGCACUCGAUCCAUCUUCUUUGAGCUGCCGCAGAUUCAAUUGGCGACACGCUCGGCGGCAAAGCACUGAAGACGCUCUACACAGGCGACGAGAUACGAUCACCAAAUAGGCGCUACCAGCUGGUAAUGCAGACCGAUUGCAAUCUCGUCUUCUACGGCCCGCAGCGCAAGGUGAUCUGGGCAAGCAACACGCAGAACGCCGGAAAGCUCUGCGUCAUGAAACUCAUUGGUGGCGACACUGCAGCAUACGGGAACGCUCUGCAGAUCACAGACUAUCAGGGGAAUAGCAUCUGGAGGUACAGUGAAAACAGCAACGGGGAUUGCUACCUCAAGGUGGAUGACAGGGGCGCCCUGCUCUUCCCCUGUGUCAAGAUCCUGAGCAACAAGACAAUCACCAAUCCUGGCGGGGAGGUGCUCGGAUAUGACACAAUCGGAGGGCCAGAGUGCCGCAAAGGAAAGAUAGUCAUGUUCACCGGCGACUAUAUCACAUCCAGGAACGGAGCAUAUCGGCUAGUGAUCCAGACCGAUUGCAAUCUGGUUUUGUAUCAUCAGCAGACUGGAUCUGCAAUGUGGGCAAGCCAGACUGCGAGGAGUGGCAUGCCGCUGUGCCAGGUGUUUUCGCCAGGACCGAUCAAUUCUGGUGACCCGCCGAUAUAUGAUUGUUUUGGGCACUCGGUUGUCAUCCAAAACUACCUCAUGGAGAAGGUGUGGAGCAUCCAAGGGAACGGCUACUGUGGCAUUACUUUGAAGAACAACGGCCACCUCAUCUUCAACUGCAAAGCAUACGUCCAUGACAUUGGAGACCCCCGGAACAAGAAAUCUGCGAUAGCUACUGUGCUUCCAUUGAGGGGAACCUCCAUGGAGGAUUAGCAAUGCAAUACAGGUCAGGUUGAUGAGUCCAGUAGGCUUGAACAGGGAUACUUCCGAUCAUAAUCGAAGCUGGUAGAGCACAGAGCCUUCAGCAGACAGCAGCAGCAACACAGGGUUGCUAGGGGCAGUGGUCAAGGAUCUGGGGGCCCAUGUACUGCCUUCCAUGGGCUCCUAGGUCCUUGAGCGCUGCCCCCAGCAACCCUGUGUUGUUGUCUGGGACCUGUCAAGUGAUAAGGUAUAGUGUGAUCACUUAUCUGAAUACUUGGGAAAGUCAAGAAGUGCUGGUGGAGAAAUGAUCUCAAGCAAUGUUCCGAGGAAAGAGAGUUACUAAUGUCUUCAGAAACUUUAUGCUUGGCAAGAUUGUUAGGCACAAGAUCAAGAUGAUAGGAUAAAGAAAAAACUUUACAAUCCCGGUUUAAAGUGUAAAAAAUAAAAUCCCAAUAAAGAU